AUGCAAUACUCGCGAAGACAUCCACGAGAUAUGGAUACCUCCUUGGACCGCAGAAUGAAAUCCCGACCGGAUAGCUUGAGUAUUGCCACAUUACCAAACACAUACUCCCGAGUCCUUGAUUCAAAGCAUUUUUGCGGCGAGAUCAUCAUUGAAAAGGACCGAGCGAAGGCCAUCGAAACCGCGUGCCGUGCGCACCGCGUGGUCUCAACAUCCACAAACAUCACCCUUGCAAUCUUUACCGAUGGCUCACGGCGCGGUCUUAAUGGUGCCUAUGCGGUCACAUUCAAACGCUAUGCGCCAGGCACUGAGGAGCACGGCAGCGAAGUAGCGGCCGGCUGGCCUGUUUUCCGCCAAAGCAUCAACGGCUGUGAAUUGCUAGCAAUCAAGCACGCUAUCAAGGUGGCAAUCAGCGAGCUAGCCACACUCGAACGACAAUUGCCGCCGAAAACCAAAUCAAAGGUGCAGGUCAAGAUCUUUAACGAUGGCAUAUUCACGCUCGAGCAUCUAGCAGAAUUGAGGGAGACUAUGCCAAAAGAGAGCGACCAUAUCUCUUCCAUUUACCGCUGGUCAAAGAGACUUCGAGAACGAUUCGCAGGUCGCGUCUCACCACUUGAAGUGAAGCUUCAUUGCAAAGCCGAUGAGGUAGCUGGCAUAGUUUCCGAGACUACGAUGCCCUUGCUUAUCGUCGGCGGAGAGGAGCGGCCGUGCCGUCACUGGGACUCCGUGAUCCAGAAACUGUCUCGGGAACUGCCCGCUCCGCCUUACCAGGCGACAUCACGAGUGGCCGAGGGAGGGGAUGCGGAGGGCCAAGAUGGCGACUACGAUCUAUUCCCAUGCCAAGCGGACAUAAACGGCCCAGGGAACAAUCUCGAGGUCCUCGAAGGCUCGAACGACUACGAGGUGCACGGCAAUGAUAAUCACCUCCAACCUCAACCCAAUGAAGAGCGGCAAGAUAUCAGCUUCGAACACUGGUUCAAUCAAUGCCAGGAUAUCCAGCGGUGGAACCAGUUGUCAGCUGAGUUUCAGGGUUGCUACCAACAGUGGUACACCCUGUUUUUAAGAGAACAAUAA